CGGUGUGUGGGAGGGGCUGUGGAGAAUGAAAAAACAAAAGUCACCCAACCUACAGUGGCUCCUUCUCUACCUGUGGGCGGCCAAUUCUUUGCUCAUAUCACCGUCGUCAACAUUAAAUGCAUUAAAGAAGAAGAAGUCAACCAUGUGGCAAUCUCGUUGAGCGUCAUGAGCCGGACUUGAUACAAAGAAACAUGAGCUCAGCUCUGAUGCAAUCCUGUACAGCCCUUUCUGGAAGGCUGUAUAGAAGACCCUGUUUUCUAUUCAUCCUGGUGGCAGUGGCUGUCUCCGUGACCUACACCACCUUCGCCUUGAAUUGGUGGAACGACCCACAGCGACCCUCGGUAAUCAGUCACAUUGGAAAGAUUGCUGAUGAUGAUCAGGUGAACCCGCGUGUCUUGACCAAUCGGAAUGGUGUCCAAUGGGAGGAUCCCGGGCGGUACCACGUGGCAUACCCGCGGGGAUACAAAUUCAUAAUGGAUGAGCCGGAGAAGUGUCGGACCGGGAAUCAGGCCCCGUUCCUGGUGCUGAUGGCCCCCGUGGCGCCUGGUAACCUGGCCUCCCGGGACGCCAUCCGCAGGACGUGGGGUAAUGAGACCCUGGUGCAGGGGAAGAAGGUACAGACGCUAUUCAUGCUAGGACUUCCUGGAGGACCAGGUGCCCAGGAGCUGCAGGAGAAGGUGAACCAGGAGAGCCGGACGCACCACGACCUCCUCCAGAGCGACUUCAAGGACACCUAUCACAACCUGACCAUCAAGACCAUGGUGAUCCUCGAGUGGCUCGUCUCGCGGUGCCCUGAGGCCUCCUACGCCAUGAAGAUUGACUCAGACGUGUUCCUCAACGUCCAGAACCUUGUCUCCAUGCUGGUCAACCCUGACACUCCCAAACAGAACUACAUGACCGGUCUAGUCUGGUGGCACAGCCCGGUGCUGAGAAACCCCAACAACAAGUUCUUCCUGCCUUAUGAGGUGAUGGCUGAGUCGGAGUAUCCUCCGUACCCUCUGGGGUUUGGCUACAUCAUGUCCAUGGACCUCCCCAAGAAGAUCAUGGGGGUCACUCCACAGAUUAAGCCCAUCUACAUCGAGGAUGCCUACCUGGGGAUGUGUCUGAAGCGACUGGGCAUCUCCCCCACCAAUCCUCCCAGCAAGUCGCUCUUUGACGUCAACCCCAUCUACAGCUACGGACGCUGCAAACUGUCCACCGUGGUUGCUGUGACGACGACCAAAGUGAGCCAGCUGCUGAGGUACUGGCAGGACUACACAAGGCCGUGCUGAGAGGGUAAUCGCCACAGCAACCAUUGCUUCUUCCUGUUUGGAAAACGGAAUUCAUGAAGACACUUCCUGUAUGUUUCCCUUCCUGGAAAUGUUGAAUUGGAACUUUGGGUAAGAGACAUUGGCUCUUGCAUAAGAGACAUCUGUUCACUCUUGUUGGGAGAUCCAUAGGUUGUUUGGUAUUUUGCUAAUGUAUACCUCAACCCCUCCCUUUACAUUGACUGUAGUGCAGUGAAGGUGGAUAGGUUUUGGAGAUGGCUUAUUGGGCCUGUCUCAAUACCUUUCAACUGUCACAUGCUGCAACAAAAAGAGCCUAAGCUGCAUAUUUGUAUAAUACCUGAGAGCCUUAAGACUGGAUCCUAUCAGAUCUGCGCUAGCCGACACCCGCAUAGUGGUUGUAUUGGUGGUGUCGGAGGUGGCACUGUCAAAUCCACAAGCGGCUCCCGGCAUUCUACCUGAAGUGGACAUUGCCAUUGGCUGACAUAUAUUGUGUUAUUUUAUGGUUGGUUAUGAUCAACCUACCACACAAGGCAAUAGCCUACGUGUCAACAGUGUUUACGUUAUAUAGUCCCGUUGAGAAAUUUAGAGUUACUUAGAAAUGUCCUUGUGUUGGGUAAAAAACACUUUUUGUCCAUUAAAAUAACAUCAAAUUUAUCAGAAAUACAGUGUAGACAUUGUUGUAAAUGACUAUGUAGCUGGAAACGGCUGAUUGUUUAUGGAAUAUCUACAUAGGCGUACAGAGGCCCAUUAUCACAGGGAAAAUUUGCCGUUUUGAAUCCAAAAUAGGUGACCUACGUGAUUUGUGUAGAUCCGAUGAGAGAAGUGUGUGUGGUUGGGGUUGGAUCACUACUGGCUGUAAUCAUUUUUUAAAACUCAGUGAAUGUUAUUUUUGCGCACGCGCACUUGAUUGUCUAUGGUGUCCACUAUGAGCAAAAAUAUAAUUUUUGACGUUUUAAGAUGUUUUUUUAUUUCUUCCCAAGUGCAGUGUGUGUGUGGUCACAAACGUUCUAUUAUAAAGGACGUCAUGGCUAACUGAAAUAUUACUGUAUUGUUUUUUUUCUCAAGACUUGAGUGCUUCUACACCGUGCUUCUACACCUGCAUUGCUUGCUGUUUGGGGUUUUAGGCUGGGUUUCUGUACAGCACUUUGACAUAUCAGCUGAUGUAAGAAGGGGCUACAUAAAUUUGAUUUGAGUGUCAUUUGCAGUAAAGUCUAGGCAACAAAUAACA